GCCUUUGAGGCUCUUCUACAGUGUCAGCUGCUGACUGAUAGUAGGAGAACGGCCUCAUGGUGUGAAUGAAAGGGACCUAGCGGUUGGUAAACAGAGAUAAGGAAUAAAUAGAGCACAGGCAAAAGGAGAUAGUUCUGUGAGUGCCCAGAUUGCCGCCAGUCUGUUCAAGUGAGAUGCAGUGCCUGUCCUUUUCCCAGAUUAAAUUAGUGAGCGAAAUCUCCAGUGACCUCCUCCCCUUAUUCCCAUACUCUUUAGCCAAGCUGAACAGCCUCUGCUGUAAAGUAUUCAUUUUAUCUAGGGACAAGUUGGACAAUAGAACUCUCCCUGAUACUUAUGGACAGCUGUCGUCAUUCAGUGGGGUUUUGAGCAUGUCAUUCUUCAUAGGAGUUAAAAGGGUUUAUGGCUUGUAACUGAAGAGAGAGCAGAGAUUCAUGAAUGCCAGCUCUGAGGGUGCAUGGAAUGAGGGAGCGAGGAAAGCACACCUUUGCCCACCUGUGUGGGGGAAAAAAAAGACUCAUCUUAUUUUGUUUCAUUUGUUUAAAGGGAUUUCAGGAUGAAAAUGUAAUUACCCUGAAGCAUGAUCUCUAUGCAGAAAUUAACAUUCACAAAUGUUCAGGAUCUAGGUAACAAAGUUGUGAUAAUUAUUAAAGGUCACCAGUGCAAAGCUUUCCUACUGUCCCAUUCCAUUCUGCCCCAUUGUCUAUGUUUAAAUCUCAUGCCUCUUCCCUUCAACAAGCUCCCAAGAAACAUUAAAGCUUCAUGAGAUACCUCUGUAGCCUUUUUUUUUUAGUGAUUUACUGCAAAUAUAUUCAGCAUCUGACUGAUUAAAUAGACCUUCGGCAACCUUGAGGGUCAGCGUGUGGAGUAUGUACAUAGAAAAUGCAUCAGCCCAUUGUACCCUGGCAGCUAAUGAGAUUGGUCGUUAAGUAAAUGACACAAAGCCUACAAAAAAAGCUUAGCAGCUCACUAGAGUAUCACAGAGUGUCCCUGCACACCACACAACGACACAAACACUGGACUAACCUAGCCCACCCCUGCGUUAUUCUACAUCACUGCUUCCCUGAUGUCAGCGCGAGAGACAGAACAAAGGCUAAAAGGCACACGAUGGAUGCUGAUGGAGAAGAUAAAAAGCUACGUACCCGUUCAAGAGGAAUCAAGGCACAUGUGGAUUCAAUCGUGCAGGAACUCAGUGCCUACAAAAACUCCAUGGCUAAGAAGAGAAAAGCUGAAGAACAGAUUUUGGAAGUUCCAAUCAACAAAAGGAAAUCUCUGUUAAUGAAGCCUCGCCACUACAAUCCCACCUUGGAAGGCAAAGGAGACAAUGAAGGCAGGACACACUUUCAGGACAAUAAUAAUGUUCUCCAAACAGAAAACACCACUUUAAUGUCAGCAAAAAGUAUUUCAUAUUUCAACAUGCAAGAAAAUGAUCUUCAAAAGGACAAUUUCACUAACUGCCAGGACACAAUGACCAAUACAUUAAUUAAUUUUGAAAAAAUAGCAAAAGAUGCACCAAAUUCCCUAGAGAAUGAUAAACUAAGUGAUAGUGACAACCAACUCUUAAAAGCAGAAAAUAAGAACAUUGCUGCAUGUUAUGGAAUUAAUUCUUCUGUAAGGGACAGAAUUAGUGUUCCACAUUCACAAUACUGUUCCUCAGAAGAUAACGAAAGUAGCUCUGAAAUUCUGGACAAUGAAUGGGAUAGUUCCUCAAAUUUUUCUGAAGAGAUAAGUAUAAAACUGCCUUUAAAUAAAGCGUAUCUUGUAGGAUGUAAUCAGGAAGAGGUCCUAAAAACACCUGGUGUCAAAGCUGAAGAAAAAGAUGUUAACAAUUCUGAAACUUUUAGUAGUUUGAGAUCAGAACUGCAAGAAUCACAGGACUCGCAUGUUGACACUUGCAGCAAUAGAAUGCAGAAUCCAUUUCCAGAUUGUGAAGAAGAUGAUUGUCUAUCAGAAAAUACAGAACAGUCAUUUGACUUGGAUAAAACAAAACAGAACUUAAAUUUGUUGGAACAAGCUAUCGCUCUUCAGGCAGAGCAGGGUCACGUCUUUCAUAGCACUUACAAAGAACUGGAUAGGUUCCUACUGGAGCAUCUUGCAAGUGAAAGAAGACAAGCCAAAAUAGUUGACCUUGGUGGUAGACCAGUCUAUAACCACAAGCAUGUACCCAGGCCUGAAAAAAGAGAGACCAAAUGUCCCAUUCCAGGGUGUGAUGGAACAGGUCACGUGACUGGAUUGUAUCCUCAUCAUCGCAGUCUUUCGGGCUGUCCACAUAAAGUCAGAGUGCCACUUGAAAUCCUUGCCAUGCAUGAAAACGUUUUAAAGUGCCCCACUCCUGGAUGUACAGGAAGAGGACAUGUCAAUAGCAACCGCAACACUCACAGAAGUCUUUCUGGAUGUCCAAUUGCUGCAGCUGAGAAAAUGGCAAUGUCUCAGGAAAAAGGUCAACACGAAUCACUCAAAACAGGGCAGUGCCAUGAUCAGAUCCACAGGGCAAACUUGGUGAAGCAUUUUGAGUUAUCUCAGUACAGCUGCCGAUCUUCCCAAGCAAUCCCUUCCUCCAGAACCACUUUUACAAGAGACCAAGAGAAAUAUGGGAAAGUACCUUUUGACUAUGCUAGUUUUGAUGCCCAAGUCUUUGGCAAAUGCACAAUGAUGCCAACUAUACAAGGACAAAAGCCCACACAAUCCUUUGAAUCAAAGCAUUUUUCAAAUCCAGGGAAAUUUUCUAAUCGGCAGCCUAGUGCUAGCGCCCACACACAGAGUCCUUGCCAUGCCAGCUCUUAUCGCUACGGUCAAUGUAGUGAAGACACCCACAUAGCAGCAGCUGCUGCAAUUCUGAACCUUUCCACCCACUGUAGGGAAGCUACAGAGAUCCUCUCCAGCAAACCACGGAGUCUGUCUGCCAAGGCAACUGAAAUAGAAGUAGAUGAAAAUGGCACUUUGGAUCUGAGCAUGAAAAAGAACCGAAGUCAAGAAAAUAUUACUUCUCUAAGUUCCUUCAGUGCCAAUGUCCCCACUCCUUCCUCCUCUCCCUUCAAAACAGGCAGCAUUCUGGUCAAUGCCACUUUCUACCAAGCUUUGAAUGAAAAAGAAGGUUGGGAUACACCAAUCAAUUAUAGCAAGAGCCAGGGCAAAAAAGAGGAAGAGAAAGAGAAAGAUCCUGCAAUCUGUCUUGAAAGCCUGGAGGAAAAAAAAUCUUCAGACAUCUCAGAACCUAGUCCAAAACCCAAGGUCCAUUCAAGAGAUCUCAAAAAGGAACUGAUCACGUGUCCAACUCCAGGAUGUGAUGGCAGUGGUCAUGUGACAGGAAACUAUGCAUCUCACCGCAGUGUUUCUGGAUGUCCUUUGGCUGACAAGACGUUAAAAUCCUUAAUGGCGGCCAAUUCUCAAGAGCUUAAGUGCCCCACCCCUGGAUGUGAUGGCUCUGGUCAUGUGACAGGAAAUUAUGCCUCUCACAGAAGUUUGUCUGGCUGUCCUCGGGCCAGGAAAAGUGGUCUGAAAGUGACUCCUACAAAGGAAGAGAAAGAAGAUCCUGAACUUAAAUGUCCAGUGCUCGGCUGUGAUGGCCAAGGUCAUGUAUCAGGUAAAUACACUUCCCAUCGCACAGCUUCAGGUUGUCCCAUGGCUACCAAGAGACAGAAGGAAAGUCCUCUCAAUGGAUCUUCACUACCCUGGAAGUUGAACAAGCAAGAGCUGCCACACUGCCCUUUGCCAGGCUGCAAUGGGCUGGGUCACGUUAAUAAUGUUUUUGUCACCCACAGAAGUUUGUCUGGAUGUCCCCUGAAUGCACAAGCCUUAAAAAAAGGCAAAAUAUCUGAAGAACUAAUGACUGUUAAGUUGAAAGCAAAUGGAGGUUUAGAGAAUGAACAGGAAAUCAGACAUUUGGAUGAAGAAAUUAAAGAACUAAAUGAAUCCAACCUUAAAAUUGAAGCUGACAUGAUGAAACUCCAGACACAGAUCACAUCAAUGGAGAGCAAUCUGAAAACCAUAGAAGAAGAGAAUAAACUGAUAGAGCAGAAUAAUGAGAGCCUAUUGAAGGAACUAGCUGGCUUAAGCCAAGCUCUCAUAUCCAGCCUUGCCGACAUUCAACUUCCACAAAUGGGCCCAAUCAGCGAGCAGAAUUUUGAAGCAUACGUGAAUACGCUCACAGAUAUGUACAGCAAUCUGGAAAGGGACUAUUCCCCAGAUUGCAAGGCUCUGCUGGAAAGUAUCAAGCAAGCAGUGAAGGGUAUUCAUGUGUAGGAUGGAAGAACUGCUGGAACAAGAAGGUCUCAGCAGCUGCAAAUUCCAGAUGAAUCCAUGAAAAGCACCUGGACUGCUUAGAAAUAUUGGUUGCUGUGCUGCAUUUUUAAUUACAACAUUGCACUAUUUUUUUCCAGCUGACAUAAAAAGGACAUUAAACAUAACAGACUAUUGUAUUAACAGCAAUGAGUUAGAUCAUCAAACAUAUUUAUUUCUGUACAAAUCCUUUUUGUUGCCAUUGUCGUUUUGCACUUGUUUCAUUUUUGUAAAGUGAAUGUACAAAGUGUGUGUAACUAUUUUUUUACAUUUAUUUUUAAUUUAUUUUCAAUCAAAGAGUUGUAUGGAUUUUUUUUAAAGAAAAGAUUGUUUAACAGCAUUUCUUGCAGCCUACCAUAUUUUUACAAAUGUGUUUGUUAAUUUAUUUUCCAAUGGGAUUUUAAAUAGACUGAAAGUUAUAGUGUAAAUUAAAUAAUGUGCUGGGUUUGUACAGGAAGAAAAAAAAAUACUAUGAAAGAAACAAAGUAACAGAACUGUGAUUCUAGUUUAUUUUCACCACAUCCUGCUUUUUAUAACAAUUUUUUUUUAUGAAAUAAGAAAUGGGUUUGCAAAUAGCAUGAGAGGCAAAGACCCAGUGAUACCAAGGUGGAUGGUGCCCUCUAGUGGCUAAUCGCCUUGAGCACAGCAUGCAGUAAGAGUUCAAGAAUUUUUGUAGCAAUAAUGAAAUAAAGCAAUCAGCAAACCACUGGAUCCAGCUGCAGCCUUAGCCUACAUGAAACAAUUGUUUGAAACCAUUCAGGGAAAGACUGGAUUGAUGAAGGAUACUUUCUCAUUGCCCCAAUUUCAUGCUCAUUCAUGAAGGAAGAUCAAACUGUUUAAUCGUUCAAAUAAGAUAGGUUCGAAGUACAGAAGCUGGGGGGAAAAACAUUUUUUCUGUUUACCACUAUCAAUAUAAUUUCAUAUUGGAAAAGUGCUUCCCAAGUUGAUGAUUUUGUACAUACCACAAAGCAAGGACAUUAAACACUACUUAUUAUUCAGCUCAAUGAAUCAGUUGAUGUUAACUACCAGUCAACAUCAACUGGUAGUAAAUCUUAGGAGUGGCUUAGUUGAGAAAACUGAUUUUUACACCGAAGAAAACAGACAACAUCCAGAAAUGAUUAGUGUACAUACUGGAGUCUUCUAUAACUUUGAAUGAGGUGACAGCAAGUUUCAGUUUCCACUGAUGAUGGCAAAGGAGGUCUUCAAAUGUUGCAGUCUGUAAGCCCUCAUUUAGAAACACGUUCACAUUUGUCCAAGGUGAGCCCUUUUAUAACCUCUGUUCAGUUCCUGUUUUGUAAUUGCUCUGAACAAAGAUCCAACAUCUAUUUUAGGGAUGUUGGAUGAUAAUAAUAAUUUUCCCCCUUCCAGAAAGUUAACAUUAAUUUUUUAAAAAAGAAAAUACAAGCUACCAGCUGAACUGCCUUUACCCAUCCGUACAUAUCUCAUGUGCAUAUGUGCCUCAGUGGAAAAUGUAUAAUGGCUACAGCAUCGGCUUUAUUUUUUCGGUGCUACAAUGCCCAUGAUUAGUUUUAUUUGCCAACAUUUUAUCUCAACUGGGUAUGACCCUGCUCAGAGUCUUCAUUCAUACACGUAGUGUUCCUAUCCAUAGACUGCCUCUCGGUCAUUCUCCAAUUUUCAUAUGCUGUGAUUGCUCUUUGGCAUUAGGUGGGCUUGCUGUUUGUGCGUGGAGGGACUGGCUUGGCCCUCAGACCUUAGUUUAGACAGGAGAGGUGUAUGUUCUUAGAAGCUGUGCUUAUUUUUUAAAGAAAACAAUUUGACAAAGCUACAGUAUGUGCUAAUAUAAAUUAGAACACCAAAUUGCUAUUAAAUUAUUGUACUUGUUGGUUGGUUUGUUUGUUAUAAGACAUUUGCUGACGCCAGUUUAAGGCAUACAAAGGCAUUCACCCAUGACAAAAAGUAAGAAGUAAUGUACUAAAUAUUUUAAGAAAGUAAUUCUAUAUUUUAUUUAAAUUAAAUUAAGCAAUCUCUUUUUAAUCUAUUAUUAUUUACUAUGGCUUUCAGUUAAUUUAUCUGUGUUUGGAUUUUUGCUCAAGAUGUACCUCCAUAUUUAUUUGCCUUCUUUGUAUUUGAUGUUCUGUAAUGUGAGCUGUGAUUCUUCCCUUCCUCUGUCUUCCCAUUCUUUCUUUCUUUUCUUUUUUUCCUUUCCUUUUUCUGGGUUAAUUUGCUUUGAUGAGCUAUCCUGUAAAUUAGACCUUUUGUAAAGGACAAUGAUGUAUGCAUUUUUUUUUUAAUUUUUGGGUAGUUUGUAUACUGUUUCUUCAUACAGUUAAUAUUUCUUACAUCAAAGCAACAAAACUGUGUUCUGUGCUGUACAUUUGGUGUAUGGUAGGAAAUAAAAACUGAUACUGGAA